UUUCCUUUUUUUUUUCACAUGAUUACUUUUUUUUUUUUUUGGGUAAACUUUCACAUGAUUACUUUUUUACUUUUUUUUUUUUGUUGUAAACUUUCACAUGAUUACUUUAUUUAUGCGGAGUGAGAUGGAGCUGGCCUCCACAGAGUAAUGACAGCACACCAACCACUCACUGCACUUUAUUAAUUGACUUGAUUGACUUGGAAUAGUCGUAUGAGCUGGACAGAAGAGGGGCAACAAACCAUUCUGCAUUUCUUCUUCAUUCUUUUUCCACUUAGUGUCAACAGAUUGCGGACGCCGAAAAAAUGGCUGACGGAAUCAUUUCCAUGGUACUGGAUCGGCUGGUUUCAACAGUUUACGAGUACGUUGACGGAGAGGUGAAACUUGUUUUGAACGCCAAGGAAGAUGUUGAAGAAUUUGCUGGCAAUCUCAGAGCUAUUCAAGCCGUUCUGGAAGAUGCAGAGCAAAGGCAAGUCAAGGACGCCAGCGUGAGGAACUGGUUGGAUCAGCUCAAAGACAUAUCCUUGCAGAUGGUGGACGUGCUGGACGAGUGGAACACUGACAUGCUGAGACAACAGGUUGAGAAGCAAGAACGAGAAGGUGAAAAUGCUCCUGUUCCCGAGAAGAAGAAGAAGAAGGUAACUUUCUCUGUCUCCCCUAGCUGCUUUUGUUUUGGCAAAGCCAAAGAGGUGAUUUUUCGCCAUGAGAUUGCGAGUAAGAUAAAAGAUUUGAACGAUAAGUUAAGUGUGAUUGAUGAGGAAAGAAGAAGGUAUGGGUUUCAACUCACAGCAAGAGGCAUUCAAGAAUUACCUGAACGGCAGAAGACUUCGUCUUUUGUCGUCUUGUCAGAGGUAUUUGGUCGAGAAAAGGAGAAAGACAAUCUGAUAACAAAGUUGUUGAGUAAUGGUAGAGAAGAUCGGAGAGAAGAUCGGAGUCGGCUUCUUACCAUCCCUGUUAUAGGGAUGGGAGGAAUGGGAAAAACAACUCUAGCCCAACUUGUUUAUAAUGAUAAAAAUGUAGAAGCCUAUUUUGAGAAGAAAGUGUGGGUUUGUGUCUCAGAUCCUUUUGAUGAGUUUAAGAUUGCCAAAGCUAUAAGCGGUGACGAUGCUUCAAGCUCGGAUGAGUUGGAUCAUGUCUUGCAACGCAUGUCAACAUCCAUCAAGGACAAAAGGUUUCUCCUUGUCCUAGAUGAUGUGUGGAUCCACGAUCGUAAAAAGUGGGAAAACUUAAGGGCAUCAUUAAUUCAAAGUGUUGCUCAUGGUAGUAGAAUAUUGGUGACCACAAGAGAACACGAUGUUGUUGAUGUGAUGAGAGCAAGGGACAAGAUCGAUAUGGAAAAGUUGAGUGAAAAAUAUUGUUUAUCAAUCUUCAAUCACAUGGCGUUUCAUGAUACAAAAGUAGAAGAGUCCAAGGCGUUUGAAGAUAUUAGUAAGAAUAUUGUGAAGAAAUGCAAGGGCUUACCUCUCGCUGCAAAAGCUUUAGGUAGUCUCAUGCGUAAUAAGAAAACACGGAGGGAAUGGUUAGAUGUCUUGAAUAGUAAGAUAUGGGAUCAAGAAGAGGUGGAGGAAGAAGUUUUUCAAUCACUUUUUCUAAGUUAUUAUGAUUUGGCCCCAGCAGUCAAAAGUUGCCUUUUGUAUUGUGCUUCUUUUCCUAAAGAUCAUGAGUUUAAGAGGGAUGAGUUGAUUAAUCUUUGGAUGGCACAAGAUUAUCUUAAUUCAAAGGCGAAUAAAGAUGAGGGAGAAUGUUAG